GUCGCGCACCCUCCUUCUCCCCACUUCAACAAUCAUGUUAGAAGCUCGCCUCCAGCAAGCAUCUAUCCUUAAAAAGCUGCUCGAUGCUAUCAAGGAGCUCGUCACCGACGCGAACUUUGAGUGCGAUGAGGAGGGCCUCAAGCUCCAAGCGAUGGAUAACUCGCAUGUCGCUCUCGUAGCGGUUGAGCUCCAGGCAGAUGGUUUCACAGAAUACCGCUGUGACCGGCCGAUGCCCCUUGGUGUGAAUUUGGCCAGCUUGACCAAGGUCAUGAAGUGCGCGCGUGAUGAUGAUCAGGUGCAGCUCAAAGCCAACGACAAUGCUGACUCGUUGCAUCUCCUGUUCGAAAAUGAGGCCACUGACAGGACCGGCGAAUAUGACAUGAAGCUUAUGGAUAUCGAUCAGGAGCAUCUUGGCAUUCCAGACACAUCUUACGACGCGACCAUCGCCCUCCCUGCGGGUGAGUUCGCUAACAUCUGCCGCAAUCUGUCUACCCUCGGCGAGUCGGUCAAAAUCGAAGCUGGCAAGGACGGCGUGCGCUUUUCUGCCGAUGGCGAGAGUGCGAAUGGCAGUAUACUGUUGAAGAGCUCUGGUCGGGCAACGGUCUCCAAGCCGGAUGCUGGAUCUAGUAAGAAGAAGGAAAACGGUGUCAAGAAGGAGAAGAAGGGUGGCAAUGAUGACGACGACGAGGUCAAGGAGGAGGAUGAGGACGAUGAGAUCCAGGAAGUAAAGGCGGACAACGAUGAUGACGAGGACGACGAUGAGGACGAUGAGGAAGAGGAAGAGGAAGAUGGGAAGAAGCGUAAGAAGAAGCAGAAGUCAGGCCCUGCUAAGAAGCAGAGGAAGCAGGACAGGGACGAAUCAGAUGAUAAGGUUUACAUCACCUUGAACCAGCAUGUCUCCCUGACAUUCUCCCUCAAGUACCUCGUCAACUUCGCCAAGAGUUCUUCUCUCUCUCCCAGGGUCACCCUGUCCAUGAGCGGCGACGUUCCCCUUCUGGUUGAAUACAAGUUCGAGCAGGGCAGUGUUCGCUACUACCUUGCACCAAAGAUCGGCGACGAAUGAGCGCCUUAGCAAUGUAUGAUUGUAGUCACACUGUUCGCAGUUCAUGUCUCUGUCGUAAUCUACUGUCUUUCC